CUUCUCAAAACCACGAGCAGAGAGGGUGAAACCGUGAAACCCGAUAGAACCUCUGAUUCUUUUCUCUUCAACCUUGCCUCCAAUUUCUUUCCGUCACCUUCAUCUAUUUUCCUUCUCGAGCAACAAUGGUGAUUCAGUCAAAUUGUGGGUUUCUAUCACUGGCAAGGAGAGAUUUUGGUGAUGAUUGAAAUCAGAAUUUGAAACCUAAGGUUUCAUUAAUGAAGGAUAUUAGAUUCAACUUUCAAGCCAGAAGGUAAAACAAAUCGAAGACUAAAAUAUGAGCAUCUAAUGAGUCUGGUUACGGGUACCCAGGAGGAACCGCACCCGUUGAAGAUUUGGACCAAGGCCCAUAAGCAUAUUCCUUAUCUUCUACAUUUUUUAAGAGAGAGAUAGAGAGAUCCGGCAGGCUACACGAAAAGGAAGGAACUUGAGGUUAUUAUUAGUUAAACAAACAACUCCGAUACUGGUGUUUGAGCUACCAUGGAGUAUGAAACAGAGACAUACACAUACUCUGAUUUGUCAAGUCUUAAAGUAGGCAAGGGAAGCAACAACUCUGAUACUGGUGUUUCAUCUAUCAAGGAUGUUAAAUGGGUAGUCAAGAAAAGGAUCUUGCCACCAGUAGUCAAGGAAAAGAACAGCCCUGGUGCUCCAGCUACAUGGAUAGACAGAUACUUCAUGAACAUAAGAUAUAGACUUAGACGUGCACAUGAUGGUUCCCUAAAAAUAACUAGAUCUGAAAUCAAGGAACCAUCAAUAGAUUUACAGUAUUCACUUAAGAUGUUUUUCCAAGUAGCAGCAUGUGAUGCACAUGACUGGACGGAUGUCAACAGAAGUUACCGUGCCAGGAGGUCAUUCCCUACGUUUCUUAACCUGUUAAAACUGUCUGGCCUGGGAAAGUAUGCCUUCAAUGAGGAUACAUUCUUACAGGACGAUGACAUGAAUAUUAGGUACCCGCAAGAUAGAUAUUGGUUGCCCCAUAAGGUGUCGCCAGAUGUUGUGGUUGCAAAUAAAUACUAUGAUGGAAGCUUUUCGUUGAUGAGACUUUUGCAAAGAAUUCAUUCAGAAUCUGCCGAUCAGUUCAGGCAAGAGCAGGCUCGGUUGUUGGACUCUUUCCUCGAUAUCCUCAUCAAGAUACAGCAGGAGCAGCGGUUUAUUGCCAAGAGUUUCUCGGAGCAUCUGGAACAAUUGAGAAAAUCUGGUGAAGUUGCAUUUUCUUCCAAUCCUGUUAACGAUGAUGAUGGAGAUAGGCCCAAGUGUCCUAUUAUAAGUUCCGAUAACACCAUGGACUCCUAUAUGUGGCAACAAAAGCACCUAUUAGAUAGUCUGUGUAUCAUGUCACGCGAAUCAGUUUGGUUGUUGAAGAAACUCAAGGAUACCCCUUUUACUAGUCCCUCAUCCAUCCUGGAGUUCAACAAGAUUCUUGACAUCGUCUUGGUUUUUAUUCCAAAGUUCAAGAAAUCAAAGGAAUUGUUGGAUCAGCGUCUUCUCAUGUUAUAUCCCCACACUAUAAGUGACCCGAUUCGAUUGAUUGUGGGUAAUAAUGAAAUAUUACAUAGUUUUAGAGGGUGCAUAAAAGAUCUCCAGGAGCAAGGUGUUGAAAGAAAUUCUCUUGCGGAAACACUGCUCGGAUGUUUUGUAGAUGUAGUCAAUAUGUACUACAACCUCGCAGAUUUAGGCGAUCCAUUCGGGGACACCUGUUCUUCCAUUCAAUAUUCCUUUUCUGAGGCUGCCAAACAAACAUCAGAGCUGAUAAAUGAAGCAGUAGAUAAACUAAAUUCAGUCAGGUUUUCUGAUCUUACCGGCGGAGGCUCUCCACUUGGAUGUAUAGCUUUAUGGAGAAUUCUAUUUGAAUCGUCUCUAAUUAAUCUUCGGUUGGAUCUUAUAUGUAAAAAGCACAGUGAAACAGUCGAACACGGGGUUAAACUGUUUGGCACUGCCACAAACGAUCAAUUGGAUCAAAUUAGGCUGUCGAUUGAUGAACUAUUGACAGUUGGGGAAAGCGUCCUAGUUGAAUUUAUAGCCAUGCACAAAACGGUGGCAGAAGUUUCUUAUAUGCUAGGAGAUGCUUUUACAACUGGUGGUGCUGGUAUGAGGGGUUUGAGUGAUGUUACGCAUCCAUGCAAGCACAAUGACCAAUUAAUGGAUUUCAACCCUGAAGAUUUCCCUUGGGAUAAACACAAUGUUCCUAGUUCUACGAUUGGUCCUAAUUCGAAGGAUUGGCCAAAGUGCUACGAAGACUAUGAGUAGUGUCGUAUUUUAGCUGUUCUCUCUCUUGAAAAAUAUAUAUAUCUGUUUGCAUAGAGUUGCCAAAUUUAUCAGAAACAAGUUCACCUUAAAAUCAUCACAACCAUGUCUGAGUUAAUUGACAAGUCUAGUAUGAUAUCUUCGGCCA